AUGCUGCCCCCUCCCGGAUGGGCUUUGUCAUUAUUCUGGCUUUGUUUGGCGGUUGUUGCCGUGAAUGCCGACCGCCCUUUCAAGGCGCUUCUCUAUGGGGAAAAGCUGAAGGGGUUCCUCGAGGUGAGCACGAGCAGGAGGACCGUGCUCACGGAUAAUUGUAAAAGAUGCAAGAAAAGCCCGCACAUCCUCCGCGACCAACCAAUUGCCGACACGACGGUUGAUGAAGCGCAAAUUGUCGGCCAUACCGUGUUGCUUGAGGCUAAUGAUGAGGUGCUCGCCUGCGCCACAGUAAUCGUCCCUGAAUACCGACUCCUCCACGCGUCAUUCCACCGCGAUCCAGUGCACGGCCACAUCCAUAUUGUCCCCAUGGAAGGGCGGGUGCGCGUACUUCCGGAUUUACGCUACAAUACUGAUUACGAGGCCAGCGACCCGCGGGCCGAGGUGCUCGAUUGGGCAUUUGUACAGGAUUGCGAGAGCAACAACGUUGAGCAGAGCAGUGAGGGCACAGAGCUGGGCGUGGACAGUCGAAUGACACUAACGCUCGAUACCUCUGGCGCAAACGUGACACUACGUAACUUUGCGCUGUUCCGCGGCGGCCAGCCUUUUGCGUGCAGCCCAUUGGUCGAUGUGGAACCGAGAACUAUCCAGGCGGAUGAUGUCCACUUUGUGCAGGAGCACAUCUACUCCGCAACCCGUUUCUCCGGCCCGGCCAGUCAAUCUCCUUCUGAAGUUCAUGUACGCGACGAUUGCCUCGAUGUUUCCACAGAAUCCAUUCAUCGCCCAUUGCCCUCUUCGAAUCCCGCGUUUUUCCCGUCAAUCUCGAUUUUCGGUCCCGAUUCGAUGAUGUUAAAGUCGCUAGUCCCUCACCCUGCAGAAGCCCCUCAACAAUGUACAGUUCUUCGCCCUCGUUUUGCCCGUCCAGCCGCCACCGCCUCAUUUGCGCACCCGAUCGUUGGUGAGCUCGUGCUCGUCGAUACAGACGAUCGAAUCGCCGUCACUGGUGCUCUUCGACACCUCUUUGACGAGGAAUCAUCUCGAGCCACUAUUCAGGUGUCACCCCGUUUCGCCGAGCCCGCCGGGUGCCCGCAAUAUUUGUCGGGUUGUAGUGAUUGCUUUAGUCUCCAGGAUUCGGCUUUAAUUGCAGGAAAAGCCGAUUCAGAGGAUCUGACGCUAUCGGGUACUCUGCCUCACUUUAAUUUAUCUGCCAUGCGAUCGGUGAUCGUCGAUUUAACGUGGACAAAGGUCUGCGCCAAUCUCACCCAACUUCCCAACGGGGCGAUCGAGGCUCGGGCGACGGUCAGGAGAUACUCCCCAGUGACGGCGAUGGCUGUGGCUACGGUGGUGUUGAUGGAGUAUCCAGCUAAUAACUACACCGAGGCUGUUAUCAACAAGAAAACGGCCAUUGGAGACGUGUCAGUACACGAGAGGCCUGUGGACAUGGCCGUCACGGGAGGGCCGCCUUGUGGAGAGAUGACUGUUGGACCCGUAAGAACUGUUCCGUGGCUGUCGAAUCUACAAGAUGCGCUCGAGGGUGAUGAGAAUGAUACAACAAUCAUAAUCGAUGAUCGUCUAAUCUCAGGCCGACAUUCUGCCCUCGGUCUAUCGCUCCUCCUCGGCGACGCUGAACAUAACCAGAGCGUCUACUGUGGCCACUUUGGAAUCUCUGCGGGACCCUCCACAAUCCGCGUGGCUAUGUUUAACACGACGAUUGACGGAUAUUUGAGACUGGAGCAAAGCCCGUCGGAGGUAUCGCCCGUACUCCUUUCCUACCAAAUCCAUGACAACAAUUCGACGGCCGAGCUGGGUGGAAAGGAAUCACCCAUCGAAUGGUCGAUCGUCACCGAGACGGAGGGUCAGAGCUGCCAAUCAGCUCUUCUCUUCAAUCCGGCUCAACUAAAUGAUACGGAAUGUAACUCAACGGGCGAAUGGCACUGCCCGCUCGGCCAUCGUCUCGAAGCUUUACAUCCAGAUCGAAGGGGCUGGCAGCCACUUCGAAGAUUGUCUCUUGGUGGUCCUUUCAGUGUGGACGGUCAAUCGAUCCGGUUAAACACAAGCCAAGGAGUCGUCUGUGCGCCACUUGUCGAAAUGAAUCGAGCAUCGAUUCGGAUAAAGGCUCUGUCGACACGCUCACUUUCUGAAGUGCAAAAGAAGCUCGGGGAGAAGCUUCACCUACGCCAGUUUCAGAUCCAAAUCGAUUACAACAGGGAAUUGGCGGGCAGCCAUUGUGCCAUAUAUCGUGUCACUUUGCUUGCCCCUAGCGACCAAAUAGCCGAGAUGCUUGACGGGCUCGAUGAAGCCACGAUGCAGUUCAAGCAGGACAAACCGCUUGAAUGUGGCAAAGAGGCUACGGGCGCCCCAGCUACCGUAACCACAGCCCCAACCCGAUCUUCAUCGACGCUCAGAAUAUCGACGUCUUUCCUCAUCGUUCUCGCUUCUUUUUGGCUGCUACGG